AGUCCACUGUUAGACUGAUAGGGUCCUUUAAGAGGUUUGAAUCUGGCGUGCAGUAUGAAUGCCCUCCCGAUGUUCCUACUCUUUCUCAUCUCAGGUGAAGUUGGAGUCACUCAUGGGAGCUUCAAUGAAUGUUUUCCGGACUUAAAGGUGGAUGUGGACUUCCCUGGCAGCGAUGUGCUGCAGAUCAUCUCCACUGAUGAGCUCCACUGCCAACGGGCCUGCAGCCAGCAUCCCUCCUGCCAGUUCUUUAGCUUUCUCAGGCCUGACUGGACCAGGGACAGCAGGCGUUUCUACUGUUACCUCAAGCACACAGAUUCUGGGAAACCAUCUCGAGUGACCAAGCUGAAGGGGGUGACAUCAGGCUACUCCCUUAAAAACUGCAAGGAGACAACUGAAUGUUUUCCGGACUUAAAGGUGGAUGUGGACUUCCCUGGCAGCGAUGUGAAGCAGAUCAUCUCCACUGAUGAGCUCCACUGCCAACGGGCCUGCAGCCAGCAUCCCUCCUGCCAGUUCUUUAGCUUUCUCAGGCCUGACUGGACCAGGGACAGCAGGCGUUUCUACUGUUACCUCAAGCACACAGAUUCUGGGAAACCAUCUCGAGUGACCAAGUUGAAGGGGGUGACAUCAGGCUACUCCCUUAAAAACUGCAAGGAGACAACUGAAUGUUUUCCGGACUUAAAGGUGGAUGUGGACUUCCCUGGCAGCGAUGUGAAGCAGAUCAUCUCCACUGAUGAGCUCCACUGCCAAUGGGCCUGCAGCCAGCAUCCCUCCUGCCAGUUCUUUAGCUUUCUCAGGCCUGACUGGACCAGGGACAGCAGGCGUUUCUACUGUUACCUCAAGCACACAGAUUCUGGGAAACCAUCUCGAGUGACCAAGCUGAAGGGGGUGACAUCAGGCUACUCCCUUAAAAACUGCAAGGAGACAACUGAAUGUUUUCCGGACUUAAAGGUGGAUGUGGACUUCCCUGGCAGCGAUGUGCUGCAGAUCAUCUCCACUGAUGAGCUCCACUGCCAACGGGCCUGCAGCCAGCAUCCCUCCUGCCAGUUCUUUAGCUUUCUCAGGCCUGACUGGACCAGGGACAGCAGGCGUUUCUACUGUUACCUCAAGCACACAGAUUCUGGGAAACCAUCUCGAGUGACCAAGCUGAAGGGGGUGACAUCAGGCUACUCCCUUAAAAACUGCAAGGAGACAACUGAAUGUUUUCCGGACUUAAAGGUGGAUGUGGACUUCCCUGGCAGCGAUGUGCUGCAGAUCAUCUCCACUGAUGAGCUCCACUGCCAACGGGCCUGCAGCCAGCAUCCCUCCUGCCAGUUCUUUAGCUUUCUCAGGCCUGACUGGACCAGGGACAGCAGGCGUUUCUACUGUUACCUCAAGCACACAGACUCUGGGGAACCAUCUCGAGUGACCAAGCUGGAGGGGGUGACAUCAGGCUACUCCCUUAAAAACUGCAAGGAGACAACUGAAUGUUUUCCGGACUUAAAGGUGGAUGUGAACUUCCCUGGCAGCGAUGUGCUGCAGAUCAUCUCCACUGAUGAGCUCCACUGCCAACGGGCCUGCAGCCAGCAUCCCUCCUGCCAGUUCUUUAGCUUUCUCAGGCCUGACUGGACCGGGGACAGCAGGCGUUUCUACUGUUACCUCAAGCACACAGAUUCUGGGAAACCAUCUCGAGUGACCAAGCUGAAGGGGGUGACAUCAGGCUACUCCCUUAAAAACUGCAAGGCGACAACUGAAUGUUUUCCGGACUUAAAGGUGGAUGUGAACUUCCCUGGCAGCGAUGUGCUGCAGAUCAUCUCCACUGAUGAGCUCCACUGCCAACGGGCCUGCAGCCAGCAUCCCUCCUGCCAGUUCUUUAGCUUUCUCAGGCCUGACUGGACCAGUGACAGCAGGCGUUUCUACUGUUACCUCAAGCACACAGACUCUGGGGAACCAUCUCGAGUGACCAAGCUGGAGGGGGUGACAUCAGGCUACUCCCUUAAAAACUGCAAGGAGACAACUGACUCACCAGACUCAGAUUACUGUGACUAGAGAUGCAUGGAUGUAGAUCCCUAGCAUCACUCCCCCCUGCAACAUGGCCACUCCCCCCUGCAACAUGGCCACUUCCCCCUGCAACAUGGCCACUCCCCCCUGCAACAUGGCCACUUCUCAAAAAGCCUGCGAUGAGGGGCGGCAAACACCACCACAGAGCUUACACUCAUAUGUCACCAUGGAUACCCACGAUGCUGCCAUGCAGAGCUCACAUCUUCUUCUCUCUCUUUCCAAACUCAUGAACUCUCGCUCUCUUUCCAAACUCCCAACUCAUGAACUCCUCUCCUCCACAUCCUCUCUCUCUUUCCAAACUCCAACUCAUGAACUGCUCUCCUCCACAUCCUCUCUCUCUUUCCAAACUCCAACUCAUGAACUCCUCUUUCCAACAUCCUCUCUCUCUUUCCAAACUCCAACUCAUGAACUCCUCUUUCCAACAUCCUCUCUCUCUCUCCAAACUCCAACUCAUGAACUGCUCUCCCACUCUGCACUCCCAAGGCUUUAAUAAAGUGGCCAGUUAUUCUGCU